AUGCGGCUCUUGCCGCUUUACCCGUUUUUGUCACAGUUCUUUGUUCCUUUGUCAUCAGCACCAGCACCACUCUUCUCCACUUUACGUUGGCAGUCGUUUGUUUGUUUCCUCUUCUCCACACUCCCAAUUCUCGCUCCCCCUUUCUUUCUAGGGGACUCAACUAUCGAUCGUGUGAGGUCAGCUUCACGUUAUUCGUUUUCGUGUGUAACCGAUCAGAACCACCCCGCCCUACUCCGACAAUUCUCACUCUCUCACUCCGACAACACCAUGCCGCGAAAAAUAAGAGAAAAGGUCCCCGUAAUGCGUGCCUGUGACUUAUGUGCUGCCCACAGACGAAGAUGCGAGCACAAAGUGGCCGCCUACCUGCCUAAGGGGGGUGGCGGCCGAGACGCGAAACCACGCCCGGUAGAACCGGCCGAUGAAGCAAUGCCCGAUGCUGCCUCUGAUAGCGGAGCCAAGGCGAGUAAGCGUAAAGCUGCACAAAUGGAGGGGGACGCUCCGGAGGUGGUGCGAAGUGUACGGAGGAGAAGUUUGAGGAGUGGAGGGGGUGACUUUGUGAGGAAAGUGGAUCAACAGGAUAGCGAUGAUGGGAAGCCAGUUUCUAAGGGGUUAAGUGUUGGCUCUGCGGAGGGAGAGGAACCGCCGGAGGCCCCUAAUGGCUUACAACACGGUGAGGGAGGCGAGGGCUAUGAAGAUUCGAGCUCUGUAUCCGGUGGAGAUCCGCAUGGUGAAUCAUCACCCUCCAGAUCCGUCUCCCCACCCGUAAUAGAAAUCGCCUCCCCAACGUUCUCAAUCGCACCAGAGGUCGAAACCCGCGGCCCAUCGCCCUUCAGUGACGACUCUGAAGAAGAGGGGGUUUGUGUCCGCCUACCCCCCGCCCCCUCCCCCCCGCCGACCAGAUCCCAAUUGCCUUCAUCAAAUGCCUCUCCUGUUCCUGAAUCCUCACCAUCGACACCAUCGACACCUUCUCCGCAACAAGCCCCUAUCCGGCCAUACUCUCGCUGGGUAGAUCCUACCAAGCCUGCCAGUCGCUUUUCAGGAGGGAGGAGGUAUACUCCACUGACGUUGAACACACCUAUUUAUGGAGGGAGGAUACCACCGCCGGCUCCCACCCCACCGCCAACCUCUAGAUGA